AUGAGCAGAAACCAUAGUGAAAGUGCAUCCAAAUCUCGAUCAAAAUCAAAAUCAAAAUCUCGUUCAAGAUCACGAUCAGGUUCACUUGCAUCAACAUCAUCUGGUCGUGCAGCCAAAGCAAAAAAUUGGAGUGGAGACACAGGUUAUCGUCUACAUGUUUCACCACUUAAUCCUCGAACAUCACGACGUGAUAUUGAAAAAAUUUUUUCAAAAUUCGGUACAAUCAAUGAAGUCUGGUUGGCUACAAAUCCACCAUGUUUUGCCUUUGUGAAUUUUAAACAUCGAGCUGAUGCUGAAGAAGCCAUACAAUCAAUGGAUGGAAAAAUGAUUGAUAAUUCUCGUGUUGGAUUAUCAUUUGCACGUAAACGUACAAUUGGUGGGCGCCGUGGUGGUGGCGGCGGCGGUGGUGGUGGUGGUGGUUCAUAUGGUGGCGGCGGCGGUGGUCGCGGUGAUCGAUAUGGUGGUGGGCGUGGAGAUUAUGAUUCAUCACGAGAUCGUCGUCGGUAUUCACCACGACCAUCGGAUGAUAGACGUGAUAGAAAUGUUGAUCGCCGACGACGAUAUUCACGAUCACGUAGUCCAGUUCAAAAUAAUAAACGUGAUUAUCGUCAACGAUCAAGAUCAGCAUCACCAAAACCACGCCGUAAUCGACCUUCAUCUCGAGAUCGAUCACCACAACAACAAGCAUCGAAUGUUGUUCAUAGAUAUGAAGAAAGUGAUGAUUAA